GGCCCAACUCACAAUAUAAACCUAAAAUAUAAUAAAAAGACAUCAAAACCCUAAAUUUUGCUUCUCUCUCUCUCACCCACGUCGCUUGUGGUUGUCUUCCUCUUCCCCACCGGGCGUUCACAACCACCGUAUCACCCACGCGCUACAUCGUCUUCGUCUCCACUCCAGGGAAAGUAAAAUAAUCACUAAAGAUGCCGAAGAACAAGGGAAAGGGAGGAAAGAACAGGAAGAGAGGAAAGAACGAAGCUGAUGACGAAAAGCGUGAGCUUGUGUUCAAAGAAGAUGGGCAAGAAUAUGCCCAAGUACUUAGAAUGCUUGGUAAUGGAAGGUGUGAGGCAAUGUGCAUCGAUGGGACGAAGAGGCUCUGUCAUAUUCGCGGAAAAAUGCACAAGAAAGUUUGGAUUGCAGCAGGAGACAUUAUACUCGUUGGUCUCAGAGAUUAUCAGGAUGACAAAGCUGAUGUGAUCCUCAAGUACAUGCCCGAUGAAGCUAGGCUUCUCAAGGCUUAUGGCGAGUUGCCUGAGAAUACCCGACUUAAUGAGGGCAUUGCUGGUGGCCUUGAGGAUGAAGAUGAGGGUGCUGGUGAUGAUUACAUCGAGUUCGAGGAUGAAGAUAUCGACAAGAUAUAGUAAACAAAUUCCAACUUUGUUUGAUUUCAAGUUUUAGUAUGUUAUAAAAAAAAAUGCAUUAUUAUAUCUAUCUUGGCUUUCUGGCAUUAUGCAUUUCAUAAAUGAAGAAGGAAGGUUUGAAUUUUAUAGGUUGUUCUGCACAGGCCUUGAUUGAUGUUAACAACAUCUUUCCUUAACUAAUACAUGAAUAUCUAUCCUGUUUGUACUUCA